GACGAGGAUGCUUCCAGCUAACCUCCCAAAUGUCGUCAGGGACCAGAGUAACAGCAUCACCAACAUUUGAGGUCGAUGCUUGGCGGUGAAUGUCCCAUCACCUCCCUCUAAACUUGGAGGCCAGUAGGAUUUGGGAGCUGGCUUUGUAAUAGUGGCAGCAAUGCGGGCUUCUGUGGUGGGCUGCAGGAUGAACCUGGGCGCGCUCCUUAAUGGGCUGCUGGUUUCCAUAGUUGCAGCCCUUCUGUGGAAGUACUCUAAGCUGAGUGAGCAUGCCGCUCUGCUUGAGGAGGAGCUGCACAUGACACAACAGUCCCAGGAGCUCUCACAGGCCCGCAUUGACUACCACGUUGCUCUGCAGUCUCUUCAGGAACACGGUACCAGCAUGGUCUGCACUGGCAAGAUGCACACCGACCGUAUCUGCCGUUUUGACUAUCUGUGCUACUCCUCUGAGGCAGAGGAGUUUGUGUUCUUCCACUCCAACUCCUCCGUCAUGCUGCCUAAUCUUGGGUCCAGGCGCUUCCAGCCUGCCCUGCUAGAUUUGUCCUCUGUGGAGGAUCACAACACCCAGUACUUUAACUUUUUAGAACUCCCAGCUGCAGCUCUUAAGUUUAUGCCCAAGCCUGUGUUUGUACCAGAUGUGACUCUAAUUCUCAACAGGUUUAAUCCAGAUAAUCUAAUGCAUGUGUUUCAUGAUGACUUACUUCCAGCUUUUUAUACCAUGAAACAGUAUUCAGACCUGGAUGAUGAGGCUCGUCUUGUGUUUAUGGAGGGCUGGGGUGAAGGGCCACACUUUGAUCUCUAUCGACUUCUCAGCACUAAGCAGCCACUGCUCAAAGAACAGCUGAGAAACUUUGGAAAACUAAUGUGUUUUACUAAAUCUUAUGUUGGCUUGUCCAAAAUGACUACCUGGUACCAGUAUGGGUUUGUCCAACCACAAGGCCCCAAAGCCAACAUUUUGGUGUCAGGGAAUGAAAUUAGGCAGUUUGCCAAGGCUCUCAUGUUUAAAAUGAACAUCACAAGGGUAGAAGAGGUCUGGAAGGAUGGAGAAAGUUCUGAGCAAGAAAAGGAUAAAGAGAAGAAAGAUGAAUAUAUAGUAGUUUUUAGUCGUUCAACAACAAGACUAAUACUGAACGAAGCAGAGCUAAUCAUGGCACUUGCCCAAGAGUUCCAAAUGAGAGUGGUCACGGUAUCCUUGGAGGAACAGUCUUUUUCUAGUAUCAUCCAAGUAAUAAGUGGUGCUUUCAUGUUAGUCAGCAUGCAUGGAGCUCAGCUUAUCACCUCACUGUUCCUCCCCAGAGCUGCUACUGUUGUAGAACUGUUCCCUUUUGCUGUAAAUCCAGAGCAGUACACUCCAUAUAAAACCCUCACCUCCCUUCCAGGCAUGGAACUUCACUACGUUUCCUGGAGGAACACAAAAGAGGAGAACACUGUCAUCCAUCCACAGAGACCCUGGGAACAAGGUGGCAUUGCCCACUUAGAAAAGGAGGAGCAGGAGCGAAUAAUGGCAAGUAAAGAUGUUCCAAGGCAUCUGUGCUGCCGUAACCCAGAAUGGCUUUUUCGAAUCUACCAGGACACUUUAGUGGACAUCCCAUCUUUCCUUGGUGUUCUCAGAGAGGCCAUGAAGACCAAGCCCAACUUGAAGAAGGUUAAGAUUGCCAGCACAGUCCAUCCUGGCCGAGUCAGAGAAGCCUGUUGUCAAACUUCUGUACAAACGCCUAAUGAGGCUAAACUCACAGUCUCAUGGCAGAUCCCAUGGAAUCUGAAAUACCUGAAAGUGAGAGAGGUGAAGUACGAAGUGUGGAUCCAAGAACAAGGGGAGAACACCUACAUGCCUUAUAUCCUUCCCCAGCUGAACUACACAUUUUCUGACAACAUAAAGCCCUUUACCACCUACCUGGUGUGGGUGAGGUGCAUCUUUAACAAGAACCUCCUGGGUCCCUUUGCAGAUGUUCUUACAUGCCGGACCUAAAAAACAAAGCUACGGGCACUUAAUUGUUUGCUGGAAUCACAUAAACACUUGUUGAUUACACUAAGGAUGGUAAAUAAUGAUUGAUUUGCUGCAAAGAUGACUUUUUAG